CACGCCACUCGCGCGACGAAGAAAACGCCUUAUUCCUGCGACCGGCUUUGGAAGCCCCACCCCACCCCACGCCCCCCGCUGUGAACCGUGCGGGCCAAUCAGCACAGCGAAGCCUUCAAUCAAAGCAGUCGCGUCCGCGAUUAGCCAAUGAAAUUGAAGCUGGUCCCUUCCUUACCGAGCUCUGGUUGGCCUGGCAUCCCGGAAGAGGCGUUAACCCCCGGCGGUAGCAAGAUGGCGUCCCUGGAUCGGGUGAAGGUACUGGUGUUGGGAGACUCAGGUGUCGGGAAAUCUUCACUGGUUCAUCUUCUGUGCCAAAAUCAAGUACUAGGAAAUCCAUCAUGGACUGUGGGCUGUUCAGUAGAUGUCAGAGUUCAUGACUACAAAGAAGGAACCCCAGAAGAGAAGACCUACUAUAUAGAAUUAUGGGAUGUUGGAGGCUCUGUGGGCAGUGCCAGCAGUGUGAAGAGCACAAGAGCAGUGUUCUACAACUCUGUAAAUGGUAUUAUUUUAGUACAUGACUUAACAAAUAAGAAGUCAUCGCAAAACUUGUAUCGUUGGUCAUUGGAAGCUCUCAACAGGGAUUUGGUGCCAACUGGAGUGUUGGUGACAAAUGGGGAUUAUGACCGGGAACAGUUUGCUGAUAACCAAAUCCCACUGUUGGUAAUAGGGACUAAACUGGAUCAGAUUCAUGAAACCAAGCGCCAUGAAGUUUUAACUAGAACUGCUUUCCUGGCUGAGGAUUUCAAUGCAGAAGAAAUUAAUUUGGUCAUAGAGAAGAGAUACUUUCUAAGAGAAGGCAAUCAGAUUCCAGGCUUUCCAGAUCGGAAAAGGUUUGGGGGAGGAACAUUAAAGAGCCUUCAUUAUGACUGAAUUACACUCAUCCUCUGGAAGAGUGAGCAAGCAGUGGCAGGUUUGCACAGCUUCCUUCUUGCUGUGUUGAUUAUUAAUGUUUCAGCCUUUUCACAGAACCAUCUUAAAAUGCCGCCCUUCAGCCUCACCCUUUAAUGGAAAGCUGAAAGGAAGUGACCGUGUGGGAGGUCCAAACUCUGUCCCCAUCAUCUCUGUUCCUCACCUUUCUGUCCCCAUUUAUAGAUUAUGUCAAAGCCUCAUGGAAAUAUGAGAUGUUGUCAAAAUGAUGCAGGAAAUGAGCAGUGACAGAGUGCUGCAGAGAAAAUUUACUCUUUCCAGAACUGGAAGGUUUUUAUGGGUCUGUAAUUUUCCCACACUCCUUGCUGAAGGCCUAAUUAAGUACUUCAGAAAUGUAGCUCUGUUGUUUUACCUUUUGAGGGGAAAGGUUAUGUUACCCUGGAUCGUGCACCCCAAACAGCCUCUCUCAUUUUCAAAGAAGCAAAAUUGUGUUAUUUAAUUGCGUCCACUUUCAUCACACACAAGGAUGCCUAAUAAUAGCAGCCCUCAUCUCCCUCUCUCUUCUCCUUUGCAAGUCGUUCAGUGGCUAGAAGAGGCGGACUCAGAGCUGGAGUUAAAUAUAAAUAGAUUAAUAAUACAUAGAGAACAGCAGUACCGGAAAAGAAGAGUUCUCCGAGAAAUGGACACCUCCCUAAAUCCUUCACUCUAUGUUCCAGUUGUCUGCACUGUCUUACAGAUUUCUAUUUGGAAAGAGGUAGGGUGAGAUCUCAGACCUGCAUGAGGGCAGCAAGAGAGAUUUACAGCCUCUUCAGUUUCCAUGCUUUUAAAGGAAAAGUCAACUCCUAAAAUGUCUCUUAAGUGCAGUUGGUAAACUAAGAAUAUUAUUCUCUGUGUCAACAAUGUAUUUAUGGGGAGAAGUAAAAAUAAGUUCCACAGCAACACAUUUACAUGAAUUAUGGACUAGGAUUCUUAGAUUUCAUAAUCCAACGUCUUUUGGGUGGUGUAUGUGUGUAUGUAUGCAUAAUUAUUCAUCGUUUCUUUUUUUACCCAUCUUUUCUGCUUGUUUAAUUCUCUAUGCCCUGGUUCUUCUUUAAUAUAUAGACCUGGUUUCCAAAAACUGCAAUUUGCUGCUUUAUUUAACACCCAUUUUUGCUCUCUGGCUCUGCAGCAGGUCUUUGCACUCCUGAUUUUGUUCCAUAUUAAAAAAAUAAUAAUAAUCACACAAUUUCAGCUUCUCAUUUUAAAACUAGGCAAAAAACCCACUAAAUUCAUUUCUAUUCCAUUUUAAUUACAUUUCAGAAAUACUUUGGAAAUCAAGGUAUGCUAAAAGAGGAUCUUAAAAUAAAAAUGUUAGCCAGUGCUUUUAGAAAGGCAGUUGUAGGAAUUUGGCAAAGGAUUUUUAAGGCACUUUUCAUCAACCAGAAUAUUCUUUCUCUGCAUCCUUGCCACUAGACUUAACCCUGAUUUCUUUUUUGAUACAAAGGAGAGCUAUGCAAAUCAGGCUCUGUAUGUGUAGUUUGGCACAACCUGUUGUGACAGAGGCCAUGCAGGUAGGCAGCAGAAACCAAAUUCAUACACAAAGACUUGACCCAACUAAAGUUCUUUGUGUUCUGUUUUAAAAAAAUUAAUUAAAAGAAAAUUAUACUUACAAAAAAAAAUACAACACCAAAGCAAAAAUCAAUAUAUAGCCCUUUCCUUCCUCCCCCCUUUCUUCCUCUUUCUUGCCCUUAAUUUAAAAAUCUAUCUCAAUUUAUUUUCUCCCUUAUUAAAAAAAAAAAGUAACCCAUCACUGAUUGCUUCAGGGUCAGCCUUGAAAUCUUAACAGUACUCCACAACUCCCAUUUCUUCUUGCUGUCAGACUUGACUCCCCGGAUUAUAGUUUUCUGAGAAAAAAAAAGUUUUUAAUCUAUGGUGAAUUUAUUGCAAGUAUUAGUAUCAGCAAGACCAGGCUCUUUGCCAAAAUGAAUGUUAUUAGCCAAAGUUCUUCAAAAAGAAUGUUUUGAAGCAUAAUUUUUGCUAAGAUUUCCUGAGAUGUGCUCAUCAAAAUUGCUUUUGAUAAUCAACAAAUGUAAAUACCAAAAUACUUCCUGAGAAGUAUUAAUUAAAUCUUUAAUUUUCUUGAUGGAACAAGUGGCUAGCAAUAGAGAAAGAUUUUUUUUUUCCUGUUGUGAUUUAGAUGUCUAACCAAUGUUAUUUUUUGUGGAGGCAACCAGACGUGAAGGCAUAUAUGGUCAUUCAUCUGUCCCUCAGGUGACAGGGCCUCUCAUUGGAAACCAACUAAAGAUUUGGGUUGUCCUCUCCACUCUGUGCUCUGAAAAGAAUUGCUGCUCCCAAAGGGAUUGAUCCAUAUCAGCGUUAUCUCGGGUUCUCAGAAGUCCCUAAACUUGAGGCAUCCAUGGCGGAUUCCAAGUGCCUUAACACUGCUGUUUUUCUGUCCAUUCUGAAAAUGGACUAUGUGGAACGGAUGUACUGGACCAUCAGACUGAGAUGAAGAACCCCUAAUUGCUGCCAUGACCAAGCUUGAGUGUCUGUUUUCAAUAGUGUAUGCUGUAGCACCCAGCCCAGAGAGGACCUUGUAUGGGUUUUUAAUAAAUGUUGGUUUAAUUGAAAUUUUUAAA